AUUGCCGCCCCAUAUCUCGGUCAAAUUUCAUCAGAUUUAAUCAGUAUGUUUAAAAAGUUUUCGAUUAAAUUAAGAAAAGGUGACCACAUUUGAAACAGAGAUGCCUUCGACUAGAGUUGAAUUAAACUUCUGGCAUUUGACAACACUUUCGGCACGGGGAAGUACCCCAAAGUGAUUUGAUUAGAGAAAUUAUUAAAUUUGCUUGUUAAAUUUAUGGAAACUAGUUUAGUAAUCAAAAUUUCAAUUAGGGUAACUCAGAUAUGAAAUACUUGGCAGUAAUAUUAACAUUGCUGCUGUGCGUGCUGGGCAGUCAGGGCGAUUGCCAAAUAGCCCGGCACAUGGUGGAAAAUACAAAGCGCAUAUUCACCUACCGGGAUGCGAGUGGCGCCCUUCGGCUGUUGCGCACAGAGCGAGUGCCCAGCGGCAUGCGGCUUUACAUGUACUGCAGCGCUUCGGAUGUGCUGGAGACACAGUGCCAGGAUAACGGGCAGUUUACGUUGGCGCUGCCCAUGAGCUGUGGCACGCCGAUGCGGUCAACUGUCGUGAAAAGCCGCGACGCUGCAUGCCCCCAGACGCUGUACAUAGUGGGCUACUCGCUGGAGGGGAAACAGCUGGAGCUCUUUCGCUGCUGCCACGAUGCCCAGGAGGGGCGGGUGCUGUACGCAGAGAGCGAUGUCUACUACAAGAGCUUCUUCGCCAAGCGACCGUGGGUGGAAUUCGAGACGGAUCAGAUAGUCACGCCUCAGGAGGCGGCUGCCUUUAUGAAGCGUAAUACCCAUGAUGCAUUCAAUUGUAUUUUUGGCGACAAUCAAAAAUAUUUGCCCAGUCCCAGCGAUCUGGUCAUCAAUCGCGGCCAUUUGGUGGCAUCCGCCGAUUUUCUGUUUUGCGAUCAAAUGGGCAGCACUUUUCGCUAUCUGAACGUGGUGCCGCAAUUCAAGAGCAUCAACGACGGCAACUGGGAGAAAAUAGAGCGCUGGCUGCGCAGCCAGGUGCCCGCCGCGACUCCGUUCCGCAUCAGGACUGGUGGCAUCGAUGUGCUCACGCUCCAGGAUCAGCAUGGCGACGAGCGCAGCGCCUAUCUGUCCGGCUCCAAGCUGCCGGUGCCCCUGUGGAUCUAUAAGACUGUGCGAGAUAUCGACGGCAACGGCAUCUAUGUGUUUCUCUCGUACAACAACAUAUUCGAACGGAACCGACCGGAAGUCCUGCACAAUUGCCAGACUGUCGCGUGUCCUGUUAGUCUGCCGGACAAUGCCAACGAUGGUUUCAUCUUUUGCUGUAAUCCAAACAACUUUCCAUACUAAGACGAAUGCACAAAUUGUUUGUGGUUCUUGCAGUCAAUUGACCAACAUAUUCUGCCAAAGAAAUUUAUUUUUUAACAUUUUCCAGAAAAUACGCCUCAAUAAUUUUGCA